ACAGUGUCUUCGCACAAGUUAAGCCACGAACACACUGUCUGUGCAAACGGCGCGUGCUGGCAUGUGACGCGACUGUCGUUAUUCAUUUGUCUUAUGACAAGUGUCAGUUGGCGCUGUGGAUUUGCCGCCUAACAUUACCUCACGUUUGCUCUUCUCGGAUACUUUGCAUCUUCCUUAAUUAUUAAGUGCUGUCAUUUCCGGAUUUCAACAAUCCGCGAAACCGCAGGUUGAACUGACGGAUUUGGAAUCAGGGUGUUUUAAUUGAAAGUGAACUUUACGUAAGUUGUUUCUGGAAGACGUUAUUGCGUUCCCAGCAGCAAAUAACAUUAGCUUUGCUCCACAGUUAAGGUGUGAACAUUUCCUUUAUGAUUGUGAACUUAAUUUAAUUCUGUUCCGCUAGUGUAAUUUAAUAAGCGAGAAGAUCGUUCGCUAUUCUAGCAUGGUUCGUCAUAACUGCGCUAAAAGAGGAUCGGUUUUCUCGAUUUAAAAGGACUAACUCCGCGCACUACAGCGCUGGUAUCUGGAUAGAUAUUUAAUGCCCCAGAUACCGAGGCAUUAAAGUGGUUGGCGGAGAAAAUCUUCAAUAAUUGUGGACAUGUAAGUUGAUAACCUCGCGCGAUAAGAUUAAAAUGUCCAAAUUAUCCGAGUCGUCGUGUGUGGUGCAGUGAUUUUGUAGUGUUUUUCGAUACGGUCAACAUCAACAUGAAGACUCUCACUCCAUCGCCGAGGACCUCUUCAGGACUGCUUGUGCUGACGUCGUGGAUCCUCAUCCUGCUCGAACUUUGCACAGUGUUUUCCGGCGGAGAAGCAGCCCAUGCAGUUAAAAGAUUCACAGGAUUAUACACUGGGCCAUACUUUGAUCCCACAACGACCACCAACAUAACGACACAGUUGGGAACGCACGCAUACCUCCCUUGUAAAGUAAAACAGUUGGGCAACAAAUCUGUGUCGUGGAUCAGGAGGCGAGACGCUCAUAUUCUCACCGUAGAUAGGUAUACUUUCAUCGCCGACGACCGCUUUCAGGCUUUCCUGGUCGAAGCCACCGACACAUGGACACUACAAGUUAAGUACGUGCAGCCAAGGGACGCCGGACAGUACGAAUGCCAAGUCAGCACCGAGCCCAAAAUGAGCCACUUCAUCACCCUCAACGUCGUAGUCCCGAAAAUUGAGAUAUCGGGCGAAUCUGACAUUUAUGUGAAGACCGGAAGCACCGUGAGCCUGAAAUGCGUGAUCACCCAGUCUUUGGAGGAACCCGCCUAUAUCUUCUGGUAUCACGACGGCGAGCGCGUCCUGAAAUAUGAUCGGAGUGCAAUUGAUAUACGCACAGAUCGUGUGGGAACAGACACCACAGUGAGCACACUCAUCAUUUUCCACGCCCGGACGGAAGAUUCAGGAAACUACACCUGCAGCCCCUCCAAUCUGGACUCAGCAAGCGUCCUCCUGCACGUUCUCAACGGCGAGCACCCUGCGGCCAUGCAACGAGGCAAGAACUCGGCUUCUCCCAUCCCGGCUUGGUCCCAUCUCUCCAUGGGGCUCGGACUCGCCGCCUGCACACCACCCAGAUUCGCCAUCGCCGUGGCCCUCAGCCUGGCAGUCCUGGUCGAGCUGCUGGCCACAUAAACUACCAACGUCCGCGCUUAAGAUCACUGGUUCCGUUUUGUUACUGAUUUUUUAAUUAGAUUUUAUAUAACUGACUUAAGGUAAAAGGGAGAAGCGAUGAGAUUGUACUAUAACAAAAUUUUGCAUUUUAGACGUUUUCAUUACAUUCUCAAUAGUGUUUCGUUUUACGACCACUGUAUACGUUUUCAAACAAUAAAUCAAAUAACUAAUGGCAAGGCUCGAUUUAUAGGUGUAGGUCGGUGGCGUACGUUUGAAGAAAACGAAAAUUUCUAUUUUCGUCAUUGUGAAUUUCUAUUAUUUCCAUGUGAAAAGGAUUUGUGUAAUUUAUGUAACGUGGAAACGAAAUUUAUCGCCUCUAUUUGUGAGGACAAUCUAAUUUUCGAUUUGUUGGUGUUAAAUUGGAGUUGGAUCCCUCCAUAAAUGAAUUUAUUGAGCAACUGUGAUAAGACUAUGUUUAUUGCAUGCUGGACGAAUAUUUUCAUCGGGAAUUGAUGGUGAUGUUACUUGUUUUAUUGUUUGAAAAUAAAUCGUUUUUGUCAUGUAACAUUCACGUACACGUUACUUCAGGAACUGUCGUCCUCUUUCAUCUACAUACCCACAUACAUAAUAUAAAUGUAAUUUUUAAUAAAUGAAUUAACUUCAUGUGUGAAGUGAGACUACACUACUUACUGUUGAACUUGCAGUGUUUUGUUUGUAAAUAAUUCCAGGUUAUUCAGUGAAACGGACGCAUACUGAAAUGUGAGUUAAUUAAGCCUAAAAUUAAAGGUGUGAUUAAUUAGAUAAGUUAGUUAGUUAUAAAUGUAAAAUGAAUAUCAUUGCAGUUGUAUUUCUGAUAUGAUGGGUGAAAGAGCUGAUGUAUAAAGUAUUUUUACUGUAAAAAUUUUGAUUAUCUGUUUAAUUGUUUUUAAAAACUCGAAUGUUCGUUUUGCAAUGCUGUAAAUCUUUCAUUUUAAUGUUGUACAUUAUUCAAAAUCUAGCGUUCAUAAUUCAAAUAAAAAUGUAAAUGAUCCGCUGUUACUCAAAUCUGUGAAAUUAUUAGCCCUUAGGACUUACCUUUAUUUUAUAUCAAUUUUAUUGAUGUAUUUUAGGUAAGUACAGAAUGUAACCCAACUUUAUGUUGAAUAAAUCGUUAUAAUAAA